AAUUUCAACUGUCGGUCACCACCCGGAAAAAUUCAUAGCAGCUCUAAUUUCCUUCGUACGGUAAAAGUUUUACAUGCUAAUCAGUUGUCUUCAUCCGAAAGAGGACUAAUGGUCUCUCAUAUCAAGGAGCAGCUCUCAGUUCUCUUCAUGUAUAAAUCUAAUGAUACCCCUUAAAAUCUAUGAAACAAGCAACUGAAUGUCCCGUGUAGGUUCAAAGUCGAAACCACGGUCCCAAAAUCCUCCUCCACAAGCAGCCCCAAAGCAAGAAGCUUCAAACUCCUAUGAACCAAGAAAAGUAUAUCAAUUGAAUGAAAAAAUUUGAAGCUUUAGGGAGAAAGUCCAAAAAUGAGAGAAAACGGCUACAAGAUCUGGAAGUGAAAAAGAACAAGUAUUGUCAUCUUUUUUCAACUCUUUUUGAGCUACAAAAGCUUGGCUUUCACAAUCCAACUUAUCUUUUCCACAAAUGGAAUGCACUUUCUCUCAUCAUUUCACCUCCUCCCAAAUGUCUUUCUCUUCUUUCUUCCUGUGGCUCCUCCUCAUCUUCUCUAUCAUUUCAUCUUGUGUUAAUGCAUUCACCGGGACAUAUGGAAUAAACUAUGGCAGGAUAGCAGACAAUAUACCACCACCCGAAAGCGUGGUGACACUUCUGAAAGCUGCUAAGAUUAAAAACACAAGAAUCUAUGAUGCAGAUCGUAGUGUCCUCGCGGCCUUCAAAGGCUCCGGAAUAGAGAUCAUAGUGGGACUUGGCAAUGAGAAUUUGAAAGAGAUAAGUAUAGGCGAGGAUCGCGCCAUGAAUUGGAUAAAAGAAAAUGUGCAGCCAUUCCUUCCUGGAACUCGUAUUAGUGGAAUCGCUGUGGGGAAUGAAAUUUUGGGGGGCACUGACAUGGAACUGUGGGAGGUUCUGCUGCCUGCGGCGAAAAAUGUUUACAAUGCCCUUUAUAGGCUGGGAUUGCAUAAAACUGUUGAAGUCUCAAGCCCACACUCAGAGGCUGUGUUCGCCAGUUCGUACCCGCCAUCAGCGUGCGUUUUCAGGGAAGAUGUCUCGCAAUUUAUGAAGCCCCUUUUGCAGUUCUUUUCGCAGAUCGGUUCUCCAUUUUACAUAAAUGCAUAUCCAUUUCUAGCCUACAAGAAUGAUCCUGAGCAUAUUGACCUUAACUAUGCUCUUUUCAAGUCAAAUGCUGGGAUCCAUGAUGCAAAGACUAAUCUACGCUAUGAUAACAUGUUCGAUGCUAUGGUUGAUGCAGCUUAUUUUGCAUUGGAAAAGGCCGGAUUUGAGAAAAUGCAAGUAAUAGUUUCUGAAACUGGUUGGGCGUCUAAAGGGGAUGCAGACGAAGCUGGAGCUACCGCCAAAAAUGCAAGGACUUACAACAAAAGUUUGCGUAAAAAGCUAGCGAAAAAGAAGGGAACCCCCUAUAAACCAAAGACUCCGGUGAAGGCUUAUGUCUUCGCAUUGUUUAAUGAAAAUUUGAAACCCGGGCCAACUUCAGAGAGGAACUUUGGAUUGUUCAAAGCUGAUGGGAGCAUUUCAUAUGAUAUUGGGUUCACUGGACUUAUACCAUCUUCAGCAGCUUCAAUAUCCCAUCUCCCUUUCCGGGGUACGGGAGCUCUAGGAUGGCUCGGAUCACCGGCUUUUACAACUUGUGCAGCGACGCUCUUCCUGAUCUUCCGGUUGUUGAUUUAAUCAAAAAGGGUUGUGUCCUAGUUCCAUUA